CAAUCUACCAACUACAGCACAAUGAUGCUCUACAGCUAUGACCAUUGCGAGGAUCUGGACAAGCAUUUCGAUCCACCAGAGCUGGACUGGAGUGACAUCAGCAUGAUUGACUGGAGAUACCAGCUCAUGGACAUGAUCACGACCUACCUCCAGCACCUGGACCAGCACCUCGACGUAUCUCUCGAGAG